AUGCUAAUUUUGACAUUAGCCACUGCCCAAAAAAUUAUCCCCUCUAACACCACUUCUCCUCCGCCGACAAACACCACAUCUCCGCCAACCAACACCACGACGACGACGAUCACUAAAGCUGCGAUCAUUACAAAAGCAGGAUGUCCGAAAAAGUGUGGGAACCUAACAGUUCCGUACCCUUUUGGGAUUGGCUUAGGAUCUGGUUGUGCCUUGGAUCCGAAUUUUGAAAUCAAUUGUGAUACUAAUACAACAGAUUCUCCAACACCAUUCAUAGGGAAUAUUCAAGUGUAUGACAUCUCUGACGCUGAAAUGCGCGUAUCGACUAACAUAAAUCGGAGGUGUUAUUCAUCGACGGGCAUGUUGCUUCGAAAUGAUCCUUCUUGGAUGAAUUUAGGAACCUCGAGUCCUUACAGUUUCUCUACCCACAACAGGUUCACCGUUGUUGGUUGUGAUGAAGCUGCUAUAAUAUUUGAAGGUGACUUUGCUAAUGGCUGCCCCGCGAUCUGUAUUAGUUCGAGUCAGGUAACUGAAGGAAGGUGUAUGGGUAUUGGUUGCUGCCAAAUAACAAUACCAAAAGGCUUGAAAAAUUUCAACACAAUGAUGCAAAGUUCGCCACAAAAUCACACUGGAGUUUGGUCUUUCAAUCCAUGUGGCUAUUCAUUUCUUGGUGAAGCUAGUCGAUUCGAAUUCAUGGGUUUACAAGAUCUAGGCGAUCUUACUUUUAAAAAGAGGAUUUUAGAUAAUGUCCCUAUUGUGUUAGAUUGGGCUAUUGGAACUCUUACUUGUGUUGAAGCACAAAAAAGUAGUAACAAUUAUGCUUGUUUGAAUAAUAGCCAAUGUGUUGAUUCCAACACUGGCCUUGGUGGUUAUAGGUGUGCCUGUAAACCGGGAUAUGAAGGCAAUCCAUAUAUCGGCCCAGGUUGUCAAGAUAUUGAUGAAUGUGCGAAUCCAAAUACUAAUUCAUGUGAACAAAAUUGUAUAAACAUACCGGGGAGUUACAAUUGUUCAUGUCCAAAAGGGUACACUGGUGAUGGAAGAAAGAAUGGUCGUGGUUGUAUUGCACCAAACUCGAACUCAGAGUUCCCAUGGAUUAAGUUUUCCGUUGGUAUGGGAGUUGGUUUUAUGUCCCUAGUAGUUGGGACAACUUGGCUCUACUUCAGCAUCAAGAAAAGAAAACUCAUUAAACUUCGCGAGAAAUUCUUCCAACAAAAUGGUGGUUUGCUGUUGAAACAACGAAUAUCUUCUAACGAGGGUGGUGUGGAAGCAACCAAAGUUUUUACAGCAGAAGAGUUGAAGAAGGCUACAAACAACUAUGCUAGUGAUAGAAUUCUUGGUCGUGGUGGAAAUGGAAUUGUCUAUAAAGGUAUACUACCUGAUAAUCUCAUAGUUGCUAUUAAAAAGUCUAAGUUUGUGGACGAGGAUCAAAUUGAACAGUUCAUCAAUGAGGUUCUUAUUCUUACUCAAGUCAACCAUAGAAACGUGGUGAGACUCUUUGGAUGUUGUUUGGAAGCCGAAGUUCCUUUACUAGUUUACGAAUACAUUUCUAAUGGUACUCUUUACGAGCAUAUCCACAACCAAAAUGGAGCACCUUGGUUAUCAUGGAAGAAUCGGCUAAGAGUUGCUAGUGAGACAGCAAGUGCACUUGCUUACCUUCAUUCAUCCGCGUCAAUGCCUAUAAUUCAUAGAGAUGUCAAGUCUGCCAAUUUAUUGUUGGAUGAUGUUUACACCGCGAAAGUGGCAGAUUUUGGAGCUUCAAGACUAAUUCCUCUUGAUCAAACACAUAUUGCUACAUUGGUUCAAGGGACAUUAGGAUACCUAGAUCCUGAAUAUUUUCGUUUAAGUAAAUUGACUGAAAAAAGUGAUGUUUAUAGUUUUGGAGUAGUCCUUGCAGAACUUUUAACAGGGAUAAAACCUAUUUCGAGGGAUAAAAAUAACGAGGACAAGAAUUUGGCAGAGUGCUUCAUUUUGUCUAUGAGAAAGAAUCAAUUGUUUCAAAUUCUUGAUCGUAGAGUGGUAAGAGAAGGAAGCCUUGAACAACUCCAAAAGGUGGCUGAGCUAGUGAAAAAUUGUCUUAGAUUGCACGGUGAACAUAGGCCUACGAUGAAGGAAGUAGCAAUGGAACUUGAGAGUUUGCAAAAGUUCACAAAAAAUAACCCUUGGGCUGAUGGACACGGACAUGAAGAGAACGAAGAUGAAUCAACAGAUCUUUAUACAAUUCCAAUUGACUCGAAUACAGGUAUCAACAAAUUCUCUGGACAAUACAGUUCCAACGCCAACACAAAUAGCAGCAUGUUUUCUUCAUUGAUAUAUACUAGUACAAAUAUUCCGCCGUGAUCUAAAGAAGGUAAAAACAGUUCUUCAAUGUUGAA